AUGUUGUUUUGGAGCAAUAUUAUAUAUAUAUAUUUCAUCUUUUCCUUGAUUCCUGUACAGGCUGCAUUGCAUAGUGAAUCAACGUCAAUUGUUGAUUUACUAUCUUCAAGUCCCAACUUCUUUCAUUUAAUAAGGCAUCUACAGCAGGAUCAUUUUAUUCCUUAUUUGAAUCGAAAUAAAGGAUUAACAUUCUUUGCUCCUUUAAACGAAGCGUUUCGUGGUGAUACCGUUGAUCCAGUAUGGCCGUACCACGUAUUGAAUACGACGGAUUUCAAUCGUACAGUCUUCCCUACUGAGCUUAAAGCAGCCGACGGCUUACCAAUUGCCUUAAAAGUUACACAUAAAGGGGAUUCGAAUAACCCCUAUGACCUCGUAAACGACGUUUACAUCGUCAAACCCAACUGGCAAGCCGACAGCGGUAUCGUUCAAGUCGUGGAUCAACUUCUCACUCUUCCACCUAGUUCGUUGGAUAUUCUUAGUUCGGAAAGCGAAUAUAGCAUAUUUUACCGCUUGUCUUCUGCCUGGGUUGGUGAAUAUGAAUCAACUACCUUGUUUGUUCCUACAACAAGUGUAUUCAUCAAUACGUUUACAAAUACAGAGCUAAGCUAUAUGUACUCAAUUUAUGCAACUGAAGAUGUAAAAACUCUUUUUAAUCAGCAUUCUGUCAUCCAUGAAAGAGUGUACGCUGACGACGUUGUUGAGCCCAAGAAUUUUACUUUAAGAAAUGGAGUUGUCGUGACAUUACAAUACGACAAGCCCAGUAAAAUUUUAUAUUUUAAUGACACUCCUUCCUAUAAUUUUGAUUUAGUCACCCGCAAUGGUGCUAUACACGUUUUACCAGCUCUCCUAAAUCCCGAGGUCAUUGUGUUUACACCCGCUAAAUACUUGAUAGGCUUAGGAGCAACCUGGUUUAGUGAAAAAGUUUCUCAAAAAAGGGAGUAUAUAGCUGCGGAUACAUCAUCAUACAGAGGAAUCUUUGCACCUACGAACUGGGCUUUCCGUGAAACCUCUGAUAUCGAUUACCAUAUAAUGGAAAACUUUUAUAUGCCCAAAGUAAAUAAAUAUUACUUGUCCAAGACGAAUUCUAAGAGCCAUGAUGAACAUAGCGCUUUAAUAAGAGUUGCUACAGAUACGACGGGAGCAUUAUACGUUAAUUUCGACUCGCAUUCUAUUGAUCGGGAGACGAUCGGCAACGUAAGUUUGUUUCUUAUUGAAAAAGACAUUGAGCCCCCAAGACCUUUGCUCUCCCAACUCAUUUUAUUGGAUGAAAUUUCUAUGAGUGUACGAUAUCUAGCUGCGCUCGGUCUUGGAGAGGAUCCCAAUAGUACUUGGUUUUUGGUUGAAAAUGAUGCUUGGAUGAAGCUGGGGCUUGUACGAAAAGCAUUAGAGAAUAAUAUGGAAAUGAUGCAAAAUCUGUUUCUUGAGUACGUUUUUCAGGGAAAACAUUAUUUCGGGUCAAGUGAGGAUUCUUGGACUUCUGGUAAUUAUACGACCAUAUCUGGUAAAAGUAUUAUGAUUGAAAGUGAGGCUGAGAAUACCGAUAUAAUAUAUAUAAAUGGUCUUCCGUACGAUGUGCAAACGCGUGACAUGUUGGUCCAAGAAGGUGUCGUUCACAUCUUGAGCAGAUUAGUCGUUCCUUUCCCUAUAUCGCAACGCAGCAUGAUUAUUGCUGGAGGAAGACAAGAAUUUUUAAGCUUGCUUGAAAAACAAGGACUAUCUGACAUGCUGGACCAGGGAUUGUUCAUUGUGGUUCCUCCUUUAUCCGCCUCGGAUUUAAAAACAAAGGACUUUUCUUUCGCCGACCGACACAUCAUUGAUACUGGGAAGAAGUCGUUCGUUAUCCAUGACUCUCUUUUGUCAGUUGAUAAUGGACCGUGGGUACAUAUAGAAGAAAGCGGUUUCUCUAGUUGCGGCCAUGUCUACUUUGUGCGAUCUCCAAUCCCUACAAGGCGAGACGCGAGCUGGAAAACUUUUGGAGUUUCUCUGCUUGGAUUCUUUACUGCUGCUGUGUUUAGUAGUAGUGGUUACAAAACUUACAAAAUUUACCAACAGAAAAUGUGGGCGUCAGAAAGAGAGCCUUUGUUGAUGCCAGCUAGUCGUGCAUCAUCUAUUCUUCGUCCUGGAAGUCCUGCUCACUCUGUUUAA